AUAUGAAAAUGAAUUUUAGCUGCUUUGUGCAAAAACCCUAGGUGUGUAGACAGGAGGGAGCCAGCCAGAAGGUUGCAAGAGGUCAAGAAUAAAUAACCACCAGGCGGAGGAUCCCAGAUUCUGCCCUUCCUUUUGUUGGGUGAGGAGCGCCAGGCAAACGCGUCCACAAAGGCUUUGGAAAGAAGCGGUCCGGCCGUCCACACGCAGCUCCAGUCCCGGUGGUACAGGCAUGGAUGGGAAGAAAUGCAGUGUAUGGAUGUUUUUACCUCUUGUAUUUACUUUGUUUACUUCAGCUGGAUUAUGGAUAGUAUACUUUAUAGCUGUGGAAGAUGACAAAAUUUUCCCAUUAAAUUCAGCUGAAAGGAAACCUGGUGUGAAGCACGCACCAUAUAUAAGUAUUGCAGGUGAUGAACCUCCUGCAAGCUGUGUGUUUAGUCAAGUUAUGAACAUGGCAGCAUUCCUAGCACUUGUGGUAGCUGUUCUGCGCUUCAUACAACUGAAACCAAAGGUUUUAAAUCCAUGGCUGAAUAUUAGUGGAUUGGUGGCGCUGUGUCUGGCUUCCUUUGGAAUGACCUUACUUGGUAAUUUUCAGCUCACGAAUGAUGAAGAAAUCCAUAAUGUUGGAACUUCCUUGACCUUUGGAUUCGGCACAUUGACCUGCUGGAUCCAGGCUGCAUUGACACUCAAAGUCAACAUCAAGAAUGAAGGGCGGAAAGUUGGUAUUCCACGAGUUAUUCUCUCAGCAUCUAUCACUCUGUGUGUGGUCCUCUAUUUCAUCCUCAUGGCCCAAGGCAUCCACAUGUAUGCAGCCAGGGUCCAGUGGGGUCUGGUCAUGUGCUUCCUGUCUUAUUUUGGCACCUUUGCUGUAGAGUUCCGGCAUUACCGCUAUGAGAUUGUUUGUUCCGAAUACCAGGAGAAUUUCCUGAGCUUCUCAGAAAGCCUGUCCGAAGCCUCUGAAUAUCAAACCGACCAGGUGUAACCCACCAGUUUUUCCUUGCCAGCGAGGUGGGUGUGGUGGAGGGAGGGGCCAGCAAGAUACACCCGCAGGACUUGGUACAGAGCCUCAUAACACAUUUUACACACACACACACACACACACACACACGUUCUUGGCCACAUUUGCCAAAUGAGCUUUUCAGGGCAAGUUGUUUCUUUAACGAAAAAGCACAAGCCCUUAUGUGUCGAAAUACACGCUGUUACACUGAAAAUAUAUGCACGACAGAGCAAGAAGCUUGUGCAUGAUCACUUCUCUUUUCCCUCUCUCUCCCAGUUCUCCCUGCUCUUCUCAUUCUCUUCACACAUUUCAGGCAUUGUGUUCCCCCUACCACAGGGUAAGGCAGGCCAAAUGUAACAUGGGAAUAAUGCCACCUCCCAAAGUUGCCUUCAGAUCCAAAGGGCUUGGAACCAGCUCAUGAGGAAGUUCUGCAUCUGGCGCUUGAAUAGAUUGAGUAUCAUCUAAUUGGAUGGAAACUGUACAGAGACGUGACCCCGUGUAACCUGUUGAAUGGCAUGGGGUCAAGAACUUCCCCACGAAAACUCCCUUCAUCAUCGUUCCGUGGUUGGCUGUGCAGAGUCAAUGAAAGGAAUAGGCUGCAAGCCCACUACCACGAUUUGGACUUUAUUGUGACUGAGAAAUAUUUCCAAAUGUGAAUAUUUGUAGGGACAUGGUCUGCCAGGCACGGAACAAGAUGGAGGCAGCGAGGGCAUGGUUUUGUUUUUGCUUCCAUAGUAUGCUAGGCACAGCUUUUGUUUUAUAUUUCAUGGUUUGCCUUCUUUUUUUCUUUAAGUAACUACCAUGGGUCUCUCAAGGCCUCGUGGACAGAGAAGAUGUAGGCCAAAUGCAAGAGCUGAACUUGUUUCAGGUUAACCAUGAUGAAAGGAAAAAAAAAAGGUCACCUGCAGGCUUACUUCGCUGCUUUUAUGUUUGAAGCUAAGAAAAUGUUCACAGAAAAGCACAAAGAAAUAUUUGUGGAGGUAAUAAAAAGAGCUCCUGCUGGACAUUAUAAAAAGAGUCUUAGAACACUUGUUACAAGUCAAGAUCAAGGAAGAGCUUAAUAUGUAUCUAUAGCUACGAUUUAGUGUUUUGGUGGGGGGUGGGGGAGUUAAGGGCUUUUUCAUACUUGGAAUUUGUAGAAACCAAUUAAAAGAUUACCCUUCCCCCCCCAAACAGACUGGCAUAGCUGAUGCUCUACUGCCCAGCACACCUGCUUUCUACCUGCUAAGAGUUUAGAACGCAGACCGUAGGCCUGGGCUUCAUAAAGAGCAGAAUUCUUAGUUCAAAGUGUCUUGGAAUGGGCCAAGUUGGCGGACCCUGUGUGAGUGCGCUUUGUUUCAAGAAGUCCCCACAUUUACUUCACCGGGGGCUGGAAUCUCGUGGAAUAUAAUGUGAAAAAAAAAAACAACACAAAACAAAACUGUUUUUUAAUUCAACCCGAACUCAGAUUCUUGAGGAAGGGGUCCAUGACUUUGCAUCUCUGUAAUGUCUCUCUGCCUCCUAGCCCUGUGCCUAGCACAUAUAGGUGCUCAGCAAACGUCUGUUCGGUAGAAUUACUGGUCAUUCAAGCAUGGGAAAAAGGAGUAUCCGAGAAAGAUUCAAAGAUGAAAGAACAGAUGGCUGCUUCAAGCGAGACAGGAGUGGAAGAAAUCCUCGAGAAGGGGCAGGCGGGGGUGAGAAUACCUACAAGAGACGGGUAACACGUGAGGAAAAGAAUCAAGCAGAGAGCAUCCUCCUGGGAAAAAGGCAUCUUACUGUAAAUAGUCCAAGGUGACAUUUAUUAUUUUGGAAUACUGCUUUUGGGUUUGUUUUUUUCAUUUUUGUAUCUCAAAGAUUUUACCAGAAAACAAAGAUUUCUGAAGUUUUCUUUCACUCUACACAAUCCAAAUUAAACAGCUUUUGGUGAUGCACUGUACAUUUUCUUAAGAGUAUAUCUAAUAGCACAUUUUAGCAGAAUCAAGCAGUGACUGGCAUUAUUCAUCGGGAUCUGACCACUAAAUAAAAUUCUUUUAUGCAGAAGUA